UCUCCCACGGUGCCCCCCUUCCUUCGGUGCUUAAGAAAAACGCAAACUCAAAACCCUAUUUCUCUAGGCAACGCGUAGCUGGUAAUUUUUGUUCAAAGCCUGAACAACUGAUCUGUGGUUUUUCUUCCUUUUCUCAACACCAGAGGCGGAGGCAAAGGCAGAGAGGCUGCAACACCGAUUCCUUUCGCAUCAUUUCUCUUUCUAAAAUUGUUAUUUAAAGUCGCGUGUCAUUUUCAGAAUCUUGAGUCUGUUCUUUGCAGCUAUGCCAAUCAAAUUGGAGCUGCGUGUGAUUAUCUUGUUAGUCGUGACACUGGGAGCAUAUGCGACUUCCUUUACGAUCCUGAACAGCUGUGGGUACCCCGUUCGGCCAGUCUUCCUGCCGAACGCAGGCAUAGGGCCGAUGGCAACCAGGGAUUUUGAGCUGCCACCGGGUGCAGUCCGUGUGGUGGAGACCCCUGUCGGGUGGUCCGGUAGCGUGUUGGGUCGAACGGGCUGCAACUCCGGGGCCAACGGAAAGGAUAAUUGCAGCAUCGCCGACUAUGGAGGGCAGCCGCGCCCAUGCAAUGCCGCGGACUUCAUCCCACUCCCCAUGCUUGCGGAGUUCACCCCAGCGGACCUAGUCAAUGGCUACCAUCUACCUAUGGUGGUGGUGGCCACCCGCGGCACGGGUGCUUACAUGGCAGAGGGCCGCAUAGUAUACAUUAACCUUAGCAACGCCAACGAUAAGGUCUUGGCUUGCGGGGGAGAAUGCGAGGCGUUUGGCAGCACUCAGUAUUGCUGUAUUGAGGCCUACGCCAAUCACAACAUGUCAAAACCCUCGGCCAACUCGCAGCUUUUCAAGAACAGCACGUUAACCUGCGCGGAUGCUUAUUUGGCCGUAACGUUCUGCCCCCUCGUCGGAAUGGACAGUCAAAUGAGCUCCACCAGUUCGCCCUUGGCCACAAGCCCGACGGCGAACGGAGCGCCGGAUAGUACUGGAAACGGAGAUCCUAGACCAAUUAUAGGCGGCAGCAAACUGUCCACCAGCUCGACGGCGAGCGCCGGGUCGAGUAAUGCAAACCAAAUUUGUUUAGUCCCUUUUAGUAUGAUAUUUUCAGUGUCAAUAUUAUUAGUUUGGCGUAGUGUUUGGUUUUGGAUCUAGACUCGAGAAUUCAUCAAAUGUACAUUACGGCAUGUUGAGGCCAUCACCAAACGACUCAGAAUUAGAUGUCCCACUUUAAAAUCUUGGGAAAUGAGAGUGAGAUUACAUGAUUGAUCAUAUUGACCUGUAGUUCAGACUUGAGUAUCCCGCUCAAAAAAUGAACUCAUGGAAAACUUUUCAAGUGUAGAAAAUUGGUUGGUUAAUGAUUGAUAGUGUUUGUGAACA